GCCUGUGUUUGCCGCUGCCGCCGCCGCCGCCGCCGCGAUUGCUCUCCCUUCUCCAGUGCGCGCUUGGAGCAGCUAGAGAAGUGAGUGGAGGCGGCGCUGUGCAUGCUGGGCUCAGAUCAUGGUGGGGCUUGGCAAUAGGAAGCCAGGCAGGAAGGACUCGAACUAGCGUGCGGCGGCGGCGGCGAGCGAGCGAGCGAGCCAGCGCUAAGGCGGAGGGUUUGCGGAUCGUGUGAGCCGAUCGCCUGGCUAGAUCGGAGCUGGGAGUGAAAGGGGAAGCAAAGUCCCGUAGGCAGAGGCGGGACGGAGCUGCGAGGGAGGCGGAACCGGGGGAGGGGGUCAUUUGGAACCGCGCUGUACGGCCCCCACCCCCUCCCCGGUCUUCGCCUCCCCGAUCUGACUGAAGGAGGAGGAGGAGAAGAAGAAGGGAAAAAGAAAGAGGAGAGGGGCAGGGAAUCCCCGCUUCUUGCAAUGGGAGGCGCCGGUUUGGUCGUCGGUACUGGUGCGUGAAGCAAAGCCGAGACAAGAGGAGCGUAUUUCGGCGCCGCCAACACCUCCAGGAACAGCCGCCGCCGCCGCCUCCCCAUUGCCGGGAGAUGGUGGCAUAUGAAGCGCGCUGGAAGGACCAUGGUUGAAAGGAACAGCAAGUUCCUGCUGAUCGUGGCGGGGUCGGUGUGUUUCAUGCUCAUCCUGUACCAGUAUGUGGGGCCGGGGCUGAGUCUGGGCUCGCCGAGCGGCCGCUCGUACCAGGAUGAGCUGGACCUCUUCCCCACUCCGGACCCGCACUACGUCAAGAAGUACUACUUCCCCGUGCGGGAGUUGGAGCGCCAGCUGGCCUUCGACAUGAAGGGGGACGACGUGAUCGUCUUCCUGCACAUCCAGAAGACUGGCGGCACCACCUUCGGCCGCCACCUGGUGCAAAACGUGCGCCUCGAGGUCCCCUGCGACUGCCGGCCCGGGCAGAAGAAAUGCACCUGCUACCGGCCCAACCGCCGGGAGACCUGGCUCUUCUCGCGCUUCUCCACGGGCUGGAGCUGCGGGCUGCACGCCGACUGGACCGAGCUCACCAACUGCGUGCCCGGCGUUUUGGACAAGCGGGAGAGCGCCGCGGUCAAACCUCCCAGGAAGUUUUAUUACAUCACUCUGCUAAGGGAUCCUGUGUCCCGUUAUCUCAGUGAAUGGAGGCAUGUCCAACGAGGAGCUACCUGGAAAACAUCCUUGCAUAUGUGUGAUGGCCGGACACCAACCCCUGAAGAGCUGCCAUCAUGCUAUGAAGGCACAGACUGGUCAGGCUGUACUCUUCAGGAGUUCAUGGAUUGCCCAUAUAACUUAGCUAACAAUCGACAAGUGAGAAUGUUGGCUGAUCUAAGCUUGGUAGGCUGCUAUAAUAUGUCCUUCAUACCAGAAAACAAGCGAGCACAGAUACUGCUGGAAAGUGCCAAGAAAAAUCUCAGAGACAUGGCCUUUUUCGGCUUGACAGAAUUCCAGAGAAAAACACAGUAUUUGUUUGAGAGAACUUUCAAUCUAAAAUUUAUCAGGCCAUUCAUGCAGUAUAAUAGCACAAGAGCAGGUGGAGUGGAGGUGGACACCAAGACCAUACGGAGAAUUGAAGAACUUAAUGACUUGGACAUGCAGCUAUACGACUAUGCAAAAGACCUCUUCCAACAGCGCUAUCAGUACAAGAGGCAGCUGGAGAGGAUGGAGCAGAGAAUAAAGAAUCGGGAAGAAAGGCUUCUUCACCGAUCGAAUGAAGCACUUCCCAGGGAAGAGACCGAAGAACAAGGACGGUUGCCUACCGAGGACUACAUGAGCCAUAUUAUAGAGAAGUGGUAGCAUUGAAAGAAUUUUAUACAAAAAAACCAAGAUAUUAGUGUUUCCAUUACAAAAGAACAUGGAAUUUAAAAAAAAACUUAUUUAAAACAAUCUGUAAAACAGAAAGUAGAAUGCUUCUUUAAACAAAGGGUCUUUUUACUGUUUCUUACAAGACCAAUGGGGUUCUUAAUAAAACAAAAUAAAAAUAAUAAAAAAGUGAGCUCAGAGUUUAAAAUGCACAAGUGUAGUCCCCUAGAUCUGAGGCCAAAUAUCACCUCAUAUUUCAUCUCUUAUAUGCAGAUCUAGACAUCAUAGAGAGCAGCUUUGUACCACUCUUCUCCAUCGGCAAUGGCAAAUGAGCUUCAAAGAAUCAGUGUUUUCCUCCCUUGUCUAUAUGAGAUGUUCAGUGGUGAACAUCACAAUAAUGGCAGUGAACCUGCCACACAGUGACUUGAUCCCAGAUCCAGCUGCUUGACUUCAGAUUGAAAUCAUGGCUAAAACAAAGGCAGAAUAUAUAACCAACAGCAGUCAAACUAAAAGGAAAUUUUAAAAAUAGAGAAUAAGAAACAUUCAGCAAACAAAUUACAGCCUGGACUACGAAUUGGGGACUGAAGUUUGGAUUACAUGGCACUGGUGUUUUGCAUGCAUACAUUCACAUUCAUACAUUCUACAUUAUCAAAACAACUGGUGAAUCUGUGCAUACAUUUUCUCAGCCUUUGUUAAAGAGAGAAUUAAAUCACUUGUAAAACUAACUGUAAGUGAUCUUGUCACAAAGUGGUAAAAAAAAUGGUUUGCUAGAGAAAGACUGGCUGUGUAUCACUCCAAUAAAUUUAAAGAAUAUGAUCAACUGAGGCCAACAUAUCCCAUGCAAAUUCUAAAUUUAUCAUUUGGUUGUUCUUUUGCUCAUGAUGGAAAAUAUUCUUCCCCUCUGUUUGGAUGUUGAUUUAAUAAGACACAGUUAUUAUUCAAAGUGAUCAUUCGUUAUUUGGCAUUACAUAUUGUCCAUCGCUGUAUAGUGACUGCUAUACAAUAAACAUUAGAUCAUUAUAAGUCCUAGGUCAAAUGAGGCUAACUUAAAAUUUAAUGAAGUAAUUCAUCUCCACUGAUUGAUGUCAGAGAGAUUUAGAUGCAACUAAUUUUCACUGGAUAAUAUCUACUAUGUAUGGGAGUGCUGAUGUUAAAUUUAAGACACUGCAUUGCACCAACACAUCGCAGCACUUGGCUGAUCAUGUCUGAGCUGAAAACCUAAGCAGGCUCAGGAUUUAGGAGUGUGAUAAUAUUAGAGGAUACUAGGGCUUUAGACUAGAUUAGAAAAUUGGAAAAAAAAUAAUCCCAUAAAGGUGGCACUUCCACAGUAUUACCAAAAACAAAUCUUGCGUGGACGUGUCCAUGAAGUCAUUUGCUUACUUGAAGGAGACUUUACUUGUCUGGCUUGCUUUCUCAUUUUUAAGCAAACAAGAGAACUUGUAAGGCUAGAAGUGUUCAGUUGUUCUCACUUCAAGCUCUGAUUUUAUAAGCCUUAUACUUAUUAAGCAUUAAAAAAAAAAUCACAAUGCCAUACAUUUUUUUUCUUUUUAAAAACAUCCAAUUAUCAUUUACUGUUUCUCCAAAAACCUAUGUCUCUUUAUUUUCUAAACACUUUUAUAAGUUUUUAAACCGUUUUAUAAAAUGAGAGUCUGAAGGAAACCAAAUUGUGUUUGUCAUUAUGACUUAUUGUUUCUGUUCUCUUGGAUACUGAGUUAAAUAGUAUUUGAAUAUGAAGGUUGACAGCUGAUUCUCAAAGAUCAGGCACACUCUGCAUCAUAGAGAGAAGCUAGUACAUUUGUUCCACAUGGUUUUCAGCACAAGAAAGUAUGGAACUUCCUUGUGGUUCCAUAUCUCAAUAUAGGUAGUACUUGACAUAGAGCUAUUCAUUUAGCAGCCAUUCAAAGUUACCAAACAGGGACUUAACACCUGGCUCUUCCAUUUGCAACCUUUGUAGCAUUCUCCAAGGUCAUAGCAUCAAAAUUCAGGCACUUAGCAACUGGCAUGUAUUUACAAAAGUUGCAACGUUCCAGAAUCAUGUGAUCACCAUUUGCAACCUUCCAAGCUGGCUUCCAACAAGCAAAGUCAAUGUGGGAAAUAAGAUUCAUUUAAAGAAUGAAUAAUUAUUUAACAAUGCAAUGUGAUUCACUUAUUAAUGCAAUGGUUCGCUUAAUAACCAUAGCAAAAGGUAAACUUGGGUGUGACUUACUUAACAACCGUCUUGCGAAGCAACAGAAAUUCUGUUCCCAAUUGUGGUCGUGAAUCAAGGACUUGAUGUAUUCUUUCCCACAGUUCUCAGUGUCUUCAUGUCUUACAAUUUGGUCUUCUUCCUAAGGAGAUAACCUAAUUAAGCAACCUAUUAUAUAUGCUCAGCUUGCUGCUUCUAUGUUCCAUCCACAGGACAGUGAGAAUUAUUUAGAGUGAUAACAGAAGGAAAACUUGAUUUAAACUUAACUUUAUCCAUCUAUUUCAGUGUUUAACACAAGUACCAAAGGACCUGUAAUGAUCUACAUCCUGAAAAACACGCUAUUUCUUAAAUACAAAUAUUUGGCAGCUCAGUCAGUCCAAAGGUUUUCUGCUGUAUUUGAAAAAGCCCUUUCAUAUUCACAGCUCAUCAAAACUAAGCAUUUGAAUAUAAUUGGGGUGGGGGAGAGACUUUAUAUCCCUAAAUCUUAAAUUUAGGGAUUAACGACAGUCUGCUAAUUCUCUGGAAAACUCUAGACUUUUGUAACAAAUAAAAAAACUUUUUAAAAUGAUCUGUCUGGAAAAACAUCUGCGGCUUUUGACAUGCAGAAAAUGGACCUUUACCCAGAGUGUUGUACUGUGUUCAUCACUAUGGUCUCACAAAAAUGCGCUGCAGCAACUAAUCAAUAUGCAUAGUGUGAACAGCAGAGAGCCUGUUCUAUUAGGCUUUGUAUGACAAAUAGCAACUUUCUAGGGCUUCUUCAUCGUGUGGGUUAAGAUAAAAGGAAACUAGUUUUUUUGUGUGUUUAAAUUUAAUUUCCACAACAACCUGGAUAAAAAAACCUUAAUGGAUCUGCCUGUGAUAAUAGGCUUCCUCCAAUAUUUUUGUUUGCUGUUUUUAUAAGUAAAAGCUAAGAAAAUAAAAACUACUGAAUAUUAUUGUCAGCUUCAGCGCCAAAGUGAGUGAGUGUGUGGUCAUUUUAUGCUUAGAUCACAAUAUAGGUUCUUGCAGCAGAGGGAAAUAUCAAUUUCAUGGCCUGUUCAGUUAAGUUGUCUUCCCAAAUUUUGCUAAGAUACAGUAUUAUACUAUUACAAAGACAUUUAAGUUAUUCAAAAUAAUUUGGACUAAAGCAUAUAAGUUGGACAAAAAGAACAAACUACAAAGGCAAAGAAGCUGUGAUUGGGUAUGAGAAAUAGAGGAAAUCAGUCCAGGAUUUUAAAAUUAUUAUAAGGACAAUUAUAAGGAUAUAGGGGGGGGAAAUGUGGGUGGGACUCUUAACACUAAAUGUGACUGUUUAGAAGAAUUCAUUAACAUCAUGGGAAGAAAUUUUAUAUUGAGUAUUAUUUGAUGUGUGACCAAAUAGUUCAAGAGCAGAUCAAAGAUACUGUAAAGAAAAAACAUGCUUAGUUUAAAAUCCUUUAGCUACAAUAUAGCAGGAACUUUUGGGGUAGCUCCUGUUGUGUCUUUUCAACCUCCAUAUCAUCUUCUGAACUUUCCUUAACUCUGACAGGAGUAGUUUAUAAUGUCAGCAGUGCUGGUGCUGUGGGAGUCUAGAAAACAUCUCCUCUAGCUAUUUAAAAUCAGCAUGCUUACUUAGUCAGAGCAAUCCCUACAGAAGAAAUGCUAUAAACAUUUCCAACAGCACACAUCCUUCCCCCAGCACUCCCUAUUGUUCCAGGACAUUGGCUCCGGACUUAUAGCAAAAGAGACUUUUGCAGUACCAGCCAGCACAUUAGCUCAAUCUUCAUUGAAAUUACUUAAGAAAUUGUUUUCUGCAGAAGCCUUCUGAAAUGAGAACUGAAUGGGGAUUUGUGGAAUGGUUCUGAGGCCAUAAGCCAGCUAAGUAUUUUUCAUAUAAUACAAUGUAUUAGAUUUCUUGUCAGUUUAUUAUGACUGGAAGAUCCUUUCCAGAAACAGGUAUAAUUGACAAAGCUUUCCAACUUGGAGUACACUGGGAUUAGAUUGAUGGCAGCAUUCCCUAGUGAAAUUUCUUAGCAGAGAAGAGUAAUUACAAAAGAUGAAUUAACCAGUUGAAUGAUUAGUGCUCCCUCUGUUGUUUUGGGACUCUAUUGUGAUAUCUGCACUCAGUCUUGUGUUCUUAUAGGAAAUCAGCUCCUAGCCCUGACAAUGAAAACAAGCAAUUUCAAAAGUAUGUACCUCUAGUAUACCAGUUGCUGGGUAACAAUAGGAGUUGACUUUUCUAGAAUUAUCUUGGGUUGGCAUAGGAUUUGCAGAAUGAUUAUUAGGAAAAUUUAACAAAAGGAAAAUCUAGUGGUUUUCCUCCAUUUUUGGCAUGGAAAAUUAUUAGCUCAUUGUACUUGUGCAAGAUUUCUCUUACCAUCUUUAUUAAAUACACUGAAAUGCCAAAUUCUAAGAGUUUGGAUAUGCCUGGUCUUGUAACCAAUUUUUAAAAUCUACAGAGAAUUGUCUUGGAAAUUAUAGCACUAGUGGGGAAAGAAUAGCUUCAGCCAACCCAACCCUCUGUAGCUGCAGUAUAAUUGCAUCUAGAGAAUGGGGUUGAGAAUGAUUGACAAGAAUAAAGCAUGUACAUAACAAUUUUAAAAGAUUAUGCAGAAAGAUACUGCAUCUUUUUAAAAAAGAUUUUGUUACAUUAUUUGAAUGGGGAUGUGGAAUUGCAGAGUCAUGGCAGAACAAAUAUAUGUUGCAUAUAUGUGCUCUAACUAACAGAGUAUAUGGAAGAGUAAGACCAACAUUAACAAGGAUCAAUAUGGCUAGGCAAGGGAAGCCAUGGUUCACUGGUAGAGUAUAUGCCAAUGCCAAGUUUAUCCCCAAGUGUUUCUACUUUAAUAAUAAAAAAGACCAAAUAGUAAUUUUAAAAACUUUUGCUUAAAAGCUGAACGCCAGCCUAAUAAAUUCCUACAUUUCCCAUCUAGUGUAUACACAUAUACCAUCAUGUUCUCAAAACAAAUUCGUUUUCUGAAUGCAAUAUUAUUUGACUUUUCUUUAAAUGCAAUAGCAAUUUCUUGCAAUGAAACCCCAUUAGGCUUCCAAUUGUGCAAGCGCGAAGAAAGUUGCUUGAAACUAUUACACUAAAUGCAAAGGACUGCCAAACAUCCAUGCUAUUACAUGAGGCUGAAUUUACAUUGCUUUUUUUACAAUUAGAAAUACAAGAUUUUUAAGAUGAGAGGCAAAGGGGCAUCAGGAGGCCACUGCAAGAUCUUUAUGAGUUUAGGCUCUCUUCCAGUUUAUGUUUGACAUAUGCAAUUCACAUUCACACAGAUUUCUCCAAUCCACUCUGAUCCUUCACCUGAAACACUAUAGAUAUGACUAGCAGUAUGUUGUGCUAGUCUAGCUUUGAAUGCAAAGGGUAGGUUUGAAUGUCCCCUUUAGUUCUAAAGCAUCUAAAUUAGAAGUGAAUAAUUUUACAUUUAUAGAUGAUUCACAAAUUAAAGAUAGUUUUGACAGGCAUGUGUUGCUAACUUGAAUACUACGUCCUCUACUGUCUUCAAAUCCAUUUGAGCCAUGCAGUUCUUUAUAAUACCUGGAAGGUAACAGAAGAUGCAACGUUUCCCAUGAUUGGGCAUAGGAUAUCAUUAGAACCAUUAUUCUUUUUGUUGUUGCUCACAUUCCAUUAAUAUGGACAGGUUUAAAAUUUUGUGUGUGUGUGUGAUAUUAAAGCAAAGAGGAGUUGGCCAGCCAAAUGAUUGUCUCCAAGAGUGGGCUGCAUGCAUUCAUAGGCUGAUCGAUUGAGGUUUUCCUCUCAUCGAGCUUUUAUGUUAAUAUCUUUGUUUUCUAAUAAAUCCUGAAGCGGAUCAUGGGGAAGUGCUCCACCGUGUGAUUCCCUAUCCCAUUCUGUGCCUAUAGUUCCUGCUUUUUCUCCUCUACCUUUUUCUCAGGUGCUCCCUCCUACAUGCUGAAUUUGAGUGCUGAGCUAUGAAAAAUUAUUGUUGAACUUAUUUUCAAACAAUGAUUUGUUUUGUACAUGUUGGAAUAUGUUUUAAUUUAUUUGUGUUGCUGAUUUGAACUGAUUUUCAACUGCGUGUUACAAACUCAUUUUAGUUUCAAUAUCUAUGUCAAUGCCUCCGCAAAUUCUGGUGAGUGCUAGUGCUUCUAUCAGCACAACUGCAGUUGAGUGAGAUAUCAUGUUACGUGCUUUAUGCAAACUGCUUUUAAUUUCACAAAGAUGUCUAAAUUGCAUUAUGAAACUGAUGAACAAGCUAUUCCCAAGGAACUAUUUCCUCUCCUUUCUUUGGGUGACUUUGUCCAAUAAACUGGUACUUGGAUCUUUCCAGGCUCCAUUUUUCUCUCCCAUUUAAGAUCUCAAACAGGCUCUUCUUAUUAACACUGAGAACAUCUACCUUCAGACCAUUAUUUUCCAAUGGACCGACUCUGUAAGAUCUGCAUGUUUGCUGCAGAAACUAAAAGCAAUGUUUAAAUUGAAUCAAAUAACUUCUUUAUAUAUUUAUUUAUAGCUUCUUUUUUAAAAAAUGUUACAAAGAGAAAGGAUUGUGUUCCUUUUCUUCAUCUCAGUAACUAUUACAAAAACAGACAAAACAAAAUAAAAGGAUAGUCACCUAAUUGUUUCUGUCUAGAUCAAGACUGGACCUUAGCAAGUUAAAUAAAGCGUACAGAAAGAU